AUGGCCAUGGUCAAGGUCAAGAGGAAAAAGACCGUGUUGCCACCAAAUGAUCAAGCAUAUUCUUCCCUUCGCUUAUUGUCAACCUCGCUUCUUGUCGCUUCGCUUCGUACUCCACAGGAAAUGGCCGACCAAGACCUGAAAUACAUAUUUUGUGUGGCCUGUGCCAACAAAGCCUUUGGGGCUGCUCUCGUCUGUCCCGCUUGCGAAGCUAGUCUGACACAGCAGGACGAUGUUGUCUUUGUGGAACUCAACCCCGGUCAGGAGUAUCGAUCUUCGAUCUUGUCCGGUCUGCGUCCUGAAGUCAUCAUGGAAAUAUGCACACGCGCCAUUUCCUUCUGGACAUAUCAGACAUCGCAAGAAGCCAAGUAUCAGGAAAUGAUACAGAAAACUUUGGAGGACAAGCUGAGUCUCUGUGAGAAACAGCAGCAGAGAAUGAUACGUGAAGUCAACGCCGAACUCAACGGUUUUCGCAAUAAAAUGAACUCAUUGCAGAAAGACCUUGAGCAGGAGAAGCGCAAGACGGCAGAUUUCAGUGAACAGCUGGACGAAAAGUCGCGUCUACUAUCCAAAUUUCAGACACUCUAUGAGCGUCAAAAGAGACGGCCUCUGUUCGCAGAUAUGCCCAAGUACUCUCAUCAGACGCAGGAGAGAGAUGCCAUGCUGAGCAAUACUGGCGAUCCUUAUCGACUCUAUCAGUCCUUAGAUCUGGAUCCACCCAAACAGCUGGGACAUGACCAUGCGCCGUUGCCACAUGCACCACCACUGAUAUUUGCCACAGCACCUUCGCCUGCUUCAGUUCCGUUUUAUCCUCUCCCCUCUCAAGAGGCACGUCCAUUUGUCUAUGAUCGUCCAAGCUCCUUUGGUAGCCAGUGCAAGAUCUUAAGUCAGCAUAGAUCGUCCUUACAAAGGGACUCAGAUAACUCUGCGAGAAGUGUGCAGCGGAACAUGGAACUGAGGUCCUAUUCCAACCGCUCGAUCGGCUGGCAAGUGAGCGGGCAGAAUGCAGGCCAGCCUGGUCCUGUGCCUGCUGCCCCUCGCAUGAUGUCUUCCAGUGAGAGCUCCUAGGCCCACAUGGCCUGUCUUAUAGGCUCUUGCUCAGCUCCGGCAGAAAUGUUUGCUAGAAAGUAAUCGAGUUGGUUGCAUCCUUCGUCUUUCUUUGCCUGUUCAGCUGUACAAACUGCAGCAGUCUCGUGCGAAUAAAAUUGCC